CUUGGUGCGCUGUCUUCCCUCGGUGGCGCCUCCUUUCCCAGCAUCCCCCGCGGCGGUAGCGGAGUCCCUCCCUGCUCGGUGACCUUCGCUGACGGGCCGCGCGCUCCCGUCUGUAACGAUGGUGCAGACCAUGCUUCCAAAGUCAUUGAGAGCCAUGAAAUUCUACUUCACAACUGUGUAUCAAGAAAUAUGGGUUGGUGUAGCAUUAACAGCUUAUGUCUAUUACAAAAUUUCAUAUGGUGGCAAAAAAGCAGUGGCAGAUAAGUCCUCUGGUGCUGGCCAUCAUUAAAGACACCUUCUCUUCUUGGGAGUAUGAAUUUGGUGGUUCGUCAUCUUUACUGUAAAUGAAGCAAGUUAUAACCAUAGGGAAGUCAAUUCUAAAACUGUACCUGAUCCAUCUGCUGUAAUUAGAGAAAGAAUAAAUCGAGUGAGCAACAAGGAAUUAAACAUGUUGGACAAAGUA